AUGCAGCGGGUAGAACCACCCUCUGGGCCACGGCAAGAUGUAGCAAUUGAUGUCUUAGGUCCUCAUCCUUCUGGAGAGAACUUGCUUGUAGUAGUUGACUACUACAGCCGUUUCUUUGAAGUAGUUAUCAUGCAUUCAACCACUUCCCGGAAGAUGAUAGAAGCGUUAACGCCAAUCUUUACCCGGUAUGGAUACCCAUUCAGCCUUAAGUCUGACAAUGCACCGCAGUUUGUGUCAGAGGAAUUUGAAAACUUCCUCGCUACACAUGGCAUCCAGCACCGGAAAUCUCCACCCCUUUGGCCCCCAGCUAAUGGCGAAGUGGAGAGCCAAAACAGAACUUUGCUAAAAUCACUCAAGGUAGCUGAAGUAAAAGGCAAGAAAUGGAAAGAUGAAUUGGAUAAAUUCUUGUUGGCCUAUAGAACCACCCCUCACAGUAGCACAGGAGCAACCCCAGCAUUACUUAUGUUUGGAAGGGAAUUGAAGACAAAGCUUCCAGGGUUACGUCCAAACAAAAGUGUUCUGGAUGAGAGCACGAGAGAUCGUGACUGGAAUCAGAAGCUUGCAGGAAAAAUGUUUGGUGACAAACAACGGCAUGCUGUCGACAACCUGAUUGCACCUGGAGACAAGGUUCUUCCCAAGAACACCAAGCUAUCUGGAAAGUUAGCUGCCAAUUUUGAGCCCAAUCCUUACACUGUUCAGACAAAGGAAGGGCAAGAACUAACCUUGAAAUCGACUGGUGGUACAGUGCAGCGGAGAAACAGUUCACUUAUGAAGCCAUACAAAACCCCAGAGGAACUGGACAACUCUACGGGUGCUGAAACCCUAGUGGAUCGUGUGGUCCCACCCUCAGUUGUUGACACAGCAACCACAACUGAGCCAAAUAGUAGACCAUCUCGAACUGUACGAAUGCCAACCAAGUUUAAGGACUUUCUGUUGGAUAGGUGA